GGAGAGUCCCAGCCUCUACCACAGUCAAGGUAAGACGCUCAGUGAAGAUUGAGGGAACAUCCACUCCACACUGGAAGGGACUAUACAGAUCCCAACCCCUAUCGUCACCCCUGGGAGGUGUUGGGCAGGGGUAGCUGGAAUUGGCAUCCACUGACUGGCUGGAGAAUCUGAGGGCAGGAAGUUCUUUGUUCUGAGGGAGGUCUCAGUUCAGCCAGGGAGAAACGGCAGGCCUGCCCACUCUCAACGGAAGACUCUGAGCAGGGGCGGAUGUGACCACCCCACCACCUCACAAUAGAGGGAUCCUCUAGAUAUGCACCCAGUCCCCGCUGUGAGCUCUGGGAGGCUCUGAAACAGCCGUCAGACUGGGUUGCCCCCUGACUUCUACUUUCGGUUUGUAGGAAGGUAAGGCCCAUUCUGAGGAAGGUGGCAUCAAGUGAUCAGAGGGAGGAGUCUCAGACCUUCCCAAGGGUCAAGGUCAGAUGCUGAGUGAGGAAUGAGGAGACCUCUCCGCUAGAAUGGAGAAGACCCCUCAGAACUGGUGUCAGCCCUGGGAGGAGGAGGGGGUGGCCAGGAGUGUCUUCCCCUGAUUUUUGCCUGGAGAGUGUGAGGAUGGUGAAGACCUUGAGAGGUCCAGCCUCAAGUAAGCAGAAAAAGGAAUCCCAGGCCCUGCCAGGAAUCCAAGUAAGAUGCUGAGUAGAGACUGGAGGGAAUCACACACUCCAGAAUAGCGGGAGCCCUACAGAGCCCUAUUCCUAUUGUCAGACUGGGUAGGCCCUGGAAUAGUUGACAGACUUUGGUGCCUUCUGACUUUGACUUUGGGAGUUUGAGGACUGUUGUCUCAAGUGAGCAGACAGAAAUUAUCUUCAUCUCUGUCAAGGUCAAAGUUAGGACCUCAAGUGAGGCUGGAGGGGACCACACAUGCCAGAACAACAGAGCCCCUAACAGAUGGCUGCCUUCCUCUGUCACCUCUGGGAGGCCCAGGAGGGUGUGACCUAAGAGGCACCCCCCUACUUCCUUUCCCUUGGUAUUUGUCUCUCAGAGCUGAGAGGCUCUGAGAAGUGUUGUCAGUCAGAGGCAAGCCUUUGCUUUUUAACUCAAGAGGCUCAAGGAGAUUAAGGUCUCUUUCUGAGGUGAUAAUCCUUGGGUGUGUAGAGGGUGGAGUCCCAGAUACUCCCUGGGGUCACAAUGAGGACUUUGAACAAAGACAGAGGGGGCCACUCACUCUAAAACAGAAAGGAUCCCACAGAGCCGAACCCUACCUACCCUGUUGUCAGCCAUGGGAAGCCUUGGCUGUGUCAGCCGGCUGCACCCUGAGGAGCCUUUUCACUUCCUCCUCCAGCUUCUUGCAGGUCAGGAAAGGAGACCUGUGAGGCUCUAGAGCACUGUUCUCAGGAAAAGAUGGGUGGAGACACUCUUCAUCAGAGCUGCCACAGUUGUGUUUACCAGAUGAGGCCACUCACAUCCUCCCUUUCUCCCUAGGUUGUGGUCCCCUAUCAUCCACCCUUCUGCCCACAUUCCUGCCUGCUACCACUAACAGAAGUGAGCAUGUCUCAGGGUCAGGAGAUCCCAAGCUGCACACAGGAACAACACUGUGCCCCCAGUGAUAUCCAAGGCCUGGAGGCUACACAGGUCUCCAAGGCUGUGGAGGAGGCCUCUCCUUCCAUUUGUCCUCUGAUGCCUGGCAACAUGGAGGAAGCUCUGGCUGCUGGAAUAUCCACCACUCCCUUGGAUCCUCAGAGUGCCUACUCAUCUUACACUGUCAUCACGGCCAUCUCACCAAGCAAAUCAGAUGAGGGCUCCAGCAGCCAAGAAAAGGAAGACAGUUUAUCUUCUUCAUCAGGGUCCCUGUCCGACUUCGAGAACUUCCCCAUAGACCCUCAAGAUGACAAGGUGAUGAUGCUGGUGCAGUUCCUGCUGCACAAGUAUCAAAUGAAAGAGCCCAUCACAAGGGCAGAUAUGAUUGAUGUUAUCCAAGAGUGCAAUGAUGACUUCCCUGAGAUCCUCAGGAAAGCCUCCGAGCGCAUAGAGCUGGUCUUUGGUGUUGAUAUGAAUGAGGUGGACCCCACCAGCCACACUUAUGUCCUUGUCAACAAAGUGGGCCUCACUUACGAUUCGAGGCUCUGUGAUGAGGACACCAUGCCCAAGGCCAGCCUCCUGAUAAUUGUCCUGGGCGUGAUCUUCAUGAAGGGCAAUUGUGCCACUGAGGAAGAGAUCUGGGAAGUGCUGAAUAUGAUGGACUUAUAUGCUGGGAGGAAGCACUUCAUCAUUGGGGAGCCCAGGGAGUUCAUCACCCAAGAUUUGGUACAAGAAGAGUACCUGGAGUACCGCCAGGUGGCCAACAGUGAUCCUCCACGCUACGAGUUCCUGUGGGGCCCCAGAGCCCACGCUGAAGCCAGCAAGAUGAAAUUGCUGGAAUUUUUGACGAAGAUCCACGAGUCCGACCCCAGCUGCUUCCCAUCCCAGUAUGAGGAGGCUUUGAGAGAUCAAGCAGAGAGAGCCCGAGCCAGACCAGCAGCCAAGGAGGGCGCUAGUGCCAUGGGCAGUGCCCAUUCCGGUUCAGGAUCUGGCAUCCCCUCCCGGCCCACCCAGCCCUAGUGGGGUGGGAGGCAGAUUCCUCACUUUGUCAUUAAAAUUAGCAGUCAACCUAAGUAGUGGAGUGCUGGGGUGUGGCUGUAGGGAA